UCUUUCCUUUUACCCUUCUCAGAUCUCUUUUCAUAACAUUUUAAAAAAUUCUGUUUCCGUCAUCACUUGGAAUCGUUCAGAGAUAAUCUUACUUUUUAAGUAUAUACAAUUAAGGAUUUAAUCUUUAGAUUUAUCUAUACAAAAUAUUUAUUAUAAAAAUUAACUUAAUUUUUAAGAAAAUUUAAGAAAGUUUUGAACUUACUACUUAACUUGUGUAGUUAAAAAAUAUCUUUUAAUCAGUACUAAGAAAAACAUUUCACCUAAAUGUUUAUAAUUUGUAAUGUCUUUAGGAGAUUAAAAGAAAUUAAAAUAAUAGGAGAGAAAGCAUUAAUAAAAUACAAGAAUUAUUACCAACUUCAUAGUAAGUUUUAGCUAAAAACAGAAAAGAAUCAGUUCACCAAACAUAUUUUAUUUUUGCAUUUCUGGUGAUUAUUGGAAACUAAAAAUGAUUAUAAAAAAACAGAAAACAAUCAUGGCCAAGGCAGAAAUUCUGUAAUGACAAGAUGACUCAACAGCAAGAUAAAACAUAAUUUACAGAUUUACAGAUAGAAUAAAAAAAAUAAAAAAUAAAAAAUAAAAAACGGUGUGAGUGUGGAAAAUGAGAGAUUGAAAGAGAAAGGGAGGGGGUAGGUGUGGGAUUGACCGAACCUCCUUCACGCAUACACCAUCCCCUCAAGACAUGGCAUGUUCCAUUUUCUCUUAAAAAUAUAAAACCACCAACCAAUAUAUAAUCUCCCCAACCCUUCCCUCUCUGCUCUCAGCUUGUUCGUUCCUUUCUCAAGAGAACACCAAGCUACACACUACACAACCCCAAUAAGCAAUUUCAACAAAAUUCCCCAUUCCAAUAACCAAACCUCAGCUUUAUUUUUUCUUAAUAAUAAUUUCACUUAAGCCCUUUAAUAUGCAGACCCUCACUCCGCCGUGCGCUAACCCUAUCAACUAUCUCAAUCGGCCAUCUCACUCGCUUAUUCGGGUCGCUCCGAUCCGAUUUAGGGUCAAAUGCGGUUACGGCUUCGAAACCGCGGGUUUCUCGCAAGGAUUCGGCGCCACUCGAGCCGAUUGGCAAAGCUCGAACGCCAUCUUAGCCAGUAAAAUUAUGUCGCAGAAGGAGGAUUCUCCCGCCGGUGACAACAACCCCGCCGCCGUGAACGGCAAUAACGCUGCUGUAACGAAUCUAAAUAUCGUACCUGUCAAACACGACGGCGGCAACAGCAAGCCGCUUCCUCCGAAGCCGCUCUCGAUCACCGACCUCUCCCCGGCACCGAUGCACGGCUCGCAGCUGCGCGUGGCGUACCAAGGCGUUCCCGGAGCGUACUCUGAGGCCGCAGCGGGAAAAGCGUAUCCGAACGGGGAAGCCAUACCGUGCGACCAGUUCGAGGUGGCUUUCCAGGCGGUGGAGCUCUGGAUCGCGGAUCGCGCGGUGCUGCCGGUUGAAAACUCCCUCGGCGGCUCUAUACACCGGAACUACGACCUCCUCCUCCGCCACCGCCUCCACAUCGUCGGCGAGGUCCAGCUCCCGGUGCACCACUGCCUCCUGGCACUCCCCGGCGUCCGCAAGGAGUUCCUCACGCGCGUGAUCUCGCAUCCGCAGGCCUUAGCGCAGUGCGAGCACUCACUCACGAAACUCGGCCUCAACGUGGCGCGUGAGGCAGUCGACGACACUGCCGGCGCUGCGGAGUUCGUCGCGGCAAACGGCCUCCGCGACACGGCGGCAAUCGCGAGUGCCCGCGCCGCAGAGCUCUACGGUUUGCAGGUCCUCGCAGACGGAAUCCAGGACGAUCCAAACAACGUGACGCGGUUCGUGAUGCUGGCGCGCGAACCGAUCAUUCCGCGCACGGAUCGGCCGUUCAAGACGAGCAUCGUGUUCGCUCACGAUAAGGGAACCUCUGUGCUUUUUAAAGUGCUUUCCGCGUUCGCGUUUAGAAACAUUAGCUUGACGAAGAUCGAGUCCAGGCCUCACCGUAGCCGUCCGAUUCGCGUUGUCGAUGAUGAGAGCGAAGGAACCGCCAAACACUUCGAGUAUUUGUUUUACAUCGAUUUUGAGGCUUCUAUGGCGGAAGUUAGGGCUCAGAACGCCCUCGCCGAGGUUCAAGAAUUCACCUCUUUCCUCCGAGUCUUGGGCAGUUACCCUAUAGAUAUGACUCCCUGGAACCCUUCUUGUCCCCGAGAAUAUUAACAUUGCAAUUUUCUCCUGCAUUCCACAUGUUAUCAUACAACCACCACUCUCCAUCUUCUAUUUGUGACGGGAACACCAAAUUGUUUCUAUCUCGUAUAUACUGUAUGGAGUAUCCAGUCGACAGUAUAAAUACUGUCACUUAAUUAUUUUUAAUUAGUUUACAAUGUGUGAAAAUUAAGAUCUUUC